UUUAAAACGUCGUCAGUCUUCGUUGUUCGUUACAAUAAUUGCAAGGUGGUUUUCCAUUCCUUUUGCUGGUCUGCAAAACAGGGUUCUAAGAUUUCUAAGAUUCGAAAUGUUUCGAUACAACUUCCUUGAUCGUAACGAGGUGAAACGCUUUGAGACACCAUUCAACGAAAACUACAUGGAAGUGCAUUUGGAAGAUACUUCAGUAAACCCGACAGGAAAUCAAUCGUGGAAACCGAUCCAUUGCGUUAUGCCUUCAAAAUAUCAAGAUUACGCCGAACGCAUCCGAAAUUUAACGGUGUAUGAAGACGACGUAUGGAUAGUAACCUUUCCUAAAGCAGGCACUACGUGGACUCAAGAAAUGGUAUGGUUAAUCGAUCAUGACCUGGACUAUAAAACGGCUUCAACCGUAAACCUUACUGAAAGAUCCGUAUUUUUGGAAAUAAGUGCAUUAGUGUCUCAUUUAGGCCUACCGGAUACUGUUACUCAGGUUGAACAGCUUAAUCGUCCUCGCCAUAUCAAAAGCCAUCUACCGCUAGCUUUGCUUCCCAUGCAACUUUGGACUGUGAAGCCGAAAAUUAUCUACACCGCAAGGAACCCGAAAGACGUUACCACUUCAUUCAUGCAUCAUUACAAAUAUUUGCACGGUUUUAAAGGAACACAGGAAGAUUUCUUGGACGGAAUUCUGGCGGACAAAAUAGUAUACUGUCCUCAAAUCAAGCAUGCUACCGAGUUUUGGGCCAUAGCAAAUCUGGAGCAUGUGCUAUUUAUACAUUUUGAAGAUAUGAAGAGAAACCUAACAACAGUUCUCCAAAGUGUGUGUAACUUUUUGGGGAAAACUUACACUUCGAGGCAACUGUUAGAAUUGAAACAGCAUUUGACGUUCGAUACAAUGAAAGCAAACAACGCUGCAAACAAUCAGAUUUUAGUGAAGCAGAUACAGAUCGCAUCGGGCAUUCGUAAUGAUUUCAAGUUUAUGCGAAAGGGUCAAGUUGGUAGCUACAAAGAUGAGCUUCCAACAGCAUUUAUCAACAAAUUCAAUGAAUUCGUUGAAAAUCAACUAAGCGGCACAACAUUUCAGUACAGAGAAUAAAGUAUUGAGUUAGCAAACAAGGAAAACAAAA